UGCAGCCUGUGCAGCAAGCUAUUAGUGUAAAAAACAUGCACACGCACACGCACACAAAAACGCCUUCGCCAGUGACUCAAGGGAGGAACGGAGGUGAGAUUGCCAGGCAUCAGCAUCGGUCCUAGAGGGACAUUAGGAAAUUAUCGCUAUGGGCAGCACCGAUUCAAAGCUGAACUUCAGGAAAGCCGUGAUUCAGCUGACAACCAAAACACAGCCAGUGGAAGCCACAGAUGAUGCCUUCUGGGACCAGUUCUGGGCAGACACCACCACCACGGUCCAGGAUGUUUUUGCACUGGUGCCAGCUGCAGAGAUAAGAGCUCUUCGAGAGGAGUCCCCCUCAAAUUUAGCAACCCUCUGCUAUAAGGCUGUGGAGAAGCUGGUGCAGGGGGCAGAGUCUGGAUGCCCCACAGAGAGGGAGAAGCAGGUGAUCCUGAACUGCACUUGCAUCUUGACCCGCAUCCUUCCUUACAUCUUUGAGGACCAGGACUGGAGAGGAUUCUUCUGGUCUACUGUGCCUGGUGCUGGGCGAGCUGGGACAGAUGAACUGGAUGAUGAUGACGGCGCUCGACCACUGGCUGAGUCACUGCUCCUGGCUAUUGCUGACCUGCUCUUCUGCCCUGACUUUACUGUGCACAGCCAUAAGAGAGGCCCUGACUUGGUAGAGAACAUGCAGUCCAUAGACAGCUGUGAAUAUAUCUGGGAAGCAGGGGUUGGCUUUGCACAGUCCCCCCCUCUCAACUAUAUUCAUGACCUGAAUAGGACAGAACUACUGAGAUUGUUACUAACCUGCUUCUCUGAGGCCAUGUACCUGCCUCCUUCAUCAGACAACACUGUCCUCAACCCCUGGGUGACCUUCUUCUGCUCCACAGAAAACAGACAUGCUCUGCCUCUGUUCACCUCUCUGCUGAAUGUGGUGUGCGCCUAUGAUCCAGUGGGCUACGGCAUCCCGUACAACCACCUGCUCUUCGCUGACUACCGGGAGCAGCUAGUGGAGCAGGCCGUACAGAUUCUCAUUGUGACACUUGAACAUGACGGAGGGGUCCUUCAACGUCCGGCCUCCCCGUCCAGCAUGGAGGAGCAAGAGUUUACAGGCCCUGAAAACCUGUUUGUGAAUUAUUUGUCAAGGAUUCACAGAGAGGAGGAUUUUGACUUUGUAUUGAAGGGCUUAGCUCGUCUGCUGACCAACCCUUUAAUGCAGACCUACUUGCCUAAUUCUACAAAGAAGAUCCAGUUCCACCAAGAGUUGUUGGUCCUUUUCUGGAAGCUUUGCGACUUCAAUAAGAAAUUCCUGUUUUUUGUCCUGAAGAGCAGUGAUGUGUUGGAUAUUCUGGUUCCUAUACUCUACUACCUGAAUGAUGCCAGGGCUGACCAGUCCCGUGUUGGACUCAUGCACAUUGGUGUGUUCAUUUUACUGCUGCUGAGCGGGGAGAGAAACUUUGGCGUGCGCUUGAAUAAACCCUACUCCAUCCAUGUGCCUAUGGACAUCCCAGUCUUCACAGGGACUCAUGCUGACCUGCUUAUAGUGGUGUUUCACAAGAUUAUCACUACAGGCCACCAGCGUCUCCAGCCUCUGUUUGACUGCCUACUCACCAUUGUUGUAAACGUGUCUCCCUAUUUGAAGAGUCUGUCAAUGGUGGCAGCCAAUAAACUACUGCACCUGCUGGAGGCCUUCUCCACCAGUUGGUUCCUGUUCUCUGCAGCCCAGAACCAUCACCUUGCGUUCUUCCUUCUCGAGGCAUUCAACAAUAUCAUCCAGUACCAGUUUGAUGGAAACUGCAACCUGGUGUACGCCAUCAUCCGCAAACGUAACGUAUUCCACCAGAUGGCCAACCUGCCCUCUGAUCCCGCUUCUAUUCAAAAGGCUUUGCAGAGGAAGAGGAAGUCUCCAGAUGUCAUCUCCCGCACUAGCUCCCAGGAGACUGUAUCCAUGGAGGGUUCUCAUCCUGCUGUGCCAGCGGAGCCUGGUACACUGAAGGCCAGCCUGGUCGCUAUGCCAGGUAUCGAUAAACUGACUGAGAAGUCUCAGGUAUCAGAGGAUGGCACCAUGGUGUCUGUUCUAAAGUCGGACUCUGUGCACACAGUUCACCCAGACCAGAGUGCAGUCGGCGGGACCAGUGACACUGAGUCAAACUCAGGCAAAGACAGUGAAGAUGUCUUCUACACAGAAGCAGAAAUGGAGAGAAGACGCUUGUCAAGUGCAUCUUCAACAUCAUUUUGGGCUCCUACACCAGAAUGGACCGUAUUCCCCCAGAUCCUCUCUUGGAAGUGUAAGCUACCCCUGCAGACUAUCAUGCGUUUGCUACAAGUGCUAGUUCCCCAGGUAGAGAAGAUCUGCAUAGACAAGGGUCUGACAGAUGAAUCAGAGAUCCUGAAGUUUCUCCAGCAUGGCACGUUAGUGGGCCUGUUGCCAGUUCCUCACCCCAUCCUUAUCAGAAAGUAUCAGGCCAACGCAGGCACUGCCAUGUGGUUUCGCACUUACAUGUGGGGUGUUGUCUAUUUGCGAAAUGUGGAUCCUCCUAUCUGGUAUGACACUGAUGUCCGCCUUUUUGAGAUUCAGAGGAUGUAGAUAGAAGGCUUUGUGACUAAACAAAUGGGACUGUUCACCUCCAGGGUUCCUCUUCCCAUCACUAUGUGUUGGUUUCCUGGUAAACCUCACUGUGUUUAACUUGCCUACAUAAUCAUCAUUAUAAUGCUUUGCACUUACGCCACCGACUUGGGUAGGAGUGUCAUUCAGAUGAGUGAGGUUCCGAUGAAGAUGGAAGAUGGGAGGUAACAGAUGGGAAAUGUACGGCGAUGUUUGUACAUUUCUUCCGACCUCAAGACUGAAGAAUGUCUAUCAAAGCACUGAGAUGACUGGAGUGUUUGCUGAAUCCUGAGGCUCUUUUCUUUACAGCGUAGAAGUGAAAGAUGAAAUAUUAACAUUUCAGUCAAACUUGUUCUAGAAAAUAUGGUGCUCUCCAGCUUGGUAUAUCUUUUGGAUGGCACAGUAUUGGUGUUUCCUGUUAUUUAUUAUACUUGCUAUGCUUUAAAAUGAACUUUCACUCUUAAUGACUUGUCUCUUUGUUGGGGUUGUAGUUUAUGUGAUAAUUUAACAGAGUUUUGGAGACAAUAAUACAAAUUGUAUGUUUUUGUGUAUAUGACUAGAUUUCAGUUGGUCUGACUGGAUAAGCUUACAAUGCUUGAUGUUGAAAUUUGUAUUUCCUUAAAUGAUCCUGAAAAUAUAUAUUGAUAUGUGAAAAUACCAUCGCGAUUGAACAGUGUGCCUUUAUGGGAAAUCUGAUUCAAACUAUUUGUGGAUCCUCACAGUCUAUAGUCCAGAUCAAUUGAUCAACUGUUGCACAGCUUUUAGUUGCUUCGACACAUCCUUUAUUAGUGAAAACGUCCUCUUUACACUUGGACCACCAGAUGGCGCCAUGUCUCUCUCUGGCAAGUAAUCCACCAAAGUUGGACUUUUAAACUGCCACAGUUAAAAAUUAGCAGACACUUUCCCGUUGCUGAAUCUCUCUACAGCAGUAUACACCUAAGUUUGGAGUGUACAAAUACUGUUAAGGAUUUUUUCUUGAGUUGUCCCUUUUGUACUGGUUCUCAUGCUGAAGGUUGAAUAAGCAGAACACAUGAGAAUACAUUGAUUAUUGGGCUUUUGCCUUUAUAGGUAGCAUAAGAAAAUAAGCAUAAAUAGAACUUAUAGUGA